CUUUUUUUUUAUUAAUUCGCAAAUUUGCAGAGUUUUUUCCCCCAGUUUUUCUGAAAUAUCUUUGGUUGGCAUAUUAUUCAACAUGUAUUUUAUGAAUGUAACUUGGUGCUUGACAUCUAAAAAAUGGUUUUCCCCUGUGGCUAAUGCAGAUCGUGACAUCAUUGUUUACAGAAUGUGGUAGAGGAAGUGGAGUAAGCGAAGUCAAGAUUGCGAAGAGACCGUGGAAUGUAAAUAUCAUGCCCGUUGUCAGCCAGCGAAGCUCGUGUACAAGUCGGUCAGUAUCUUUUCGUUAAAAUCUCAAUUUGCUCUUGAUUAGACCAACACCUGUCUAAAUUUCACGACGUUUUUGCCAAUUUACGCUGUCAACUGGCUUUGAUGGUCUGGUACAAUUUAAGAAUAUGGUUACUCGCAUUCUGGGACGACAAGAACACAACCAUGCCGCGUUAAUAUCCUAAAAACCUACGAGUCAUUCAUGUCACAAGGCAAGGGACAAGCUUGACUAGCUCCAUCCCGCUCUUCACUUGUUUUCGCUGUAGCUUUUCUGUCAGUCUUCAAUUGGUAUAUUCCCUUGUAUCGUCAGGAAAAGCACAACUUUUAUAACUAGUUAGAUAAGUUUUGCCUCCCCCCCAAAGAUAACUUUGCUCUAGUUUGCUGCUGUAGAAGCUAUCAAACCUAUUUGUCAGGGAGCUGUAGGUAACGUUAAUGGACAGCGGCAGUGCUGAAAAUGAUCUAUAAGGUAUUUGUUGUUAAGUUUUAAAUGUGUGUAUAUAUAUUUUUUGUGUUAAGAUCAUUAUUUAUUUUUUGUUAGAGGAAAGCUUGUAGUUUUACACUUGCACUAAAUUUACCAGAAGCCCAUGUGCAAUGUCGAAAAUAUAGCCUAUUUGUUAUGACAUCCCACACUUGAACUGAAAGAAAAUGUGGAAGUAGUUAUUUAAGGCCAUAUGAAAUCCACUCUCUCUUACAGUCUGUAUGACAUAAAACAGACAGAGCGACUGUGGAUUCUGCUGUAGCCGUCCAUCAACCCCGUCUUGCAAACUAAGGACACUGUUACUCAGGAAUGCCAGGGAACUGAUCGUCAAGAUUUCCUUCAAGUUUCACCUAUAAGGUCACUGCCAACUUUUAAAUCUGUGAAUAUACUUAAUGUAAAGGGCUGAGUUUGUUUUUCUAUUCUUAUACAACCUAAGCCUGAAGUAGUCUUUACCGACGACUUGGCCUUAUUUUCAAUUGAUUAAGUGCUACAUUGAACAUUACCCAGCUAUGGCGGAUUCUGGCUCAGAGAUAGUUGGAGGAGAUCUCCUGAGCGUUGUCAAAGAUGACUGCUCUCUGACAGAGGCCAUUUCUAAAGAGGGCGGCCUUACAGCAGGAUCGUCUGCGGCUAAAGAAAUCCAUGAAGCAGAGCCCUUGGACCAUGAAGACUCCACCAAAGACCCAUCAGUUAAGACCCCAGUUAUGGAAGCAGAAGGUUUUGAAGGAUACAGGGAAACCUCACUCACACCAACCACCACGUGUGCGGCCAUGUCUGAAAACGGCACGACAGAAGACGCUCGAUCCACCCUGCAGAGCCAAACUCUGACAGAAGGGAACGGGGAGAGCUCAGUGGCCACAUUUGGAAGGUCGGACGAGUAUAGCCAGUCAGCUACCACCGACUCCGCCUCCUUCUCCAUCCCCAGCCUAGAGUUCUUUGAGGGGAACGAUGAGCCAUUGUCAUCCUACUCUGCCCUGGGCAUCGAGGGCAGCUCCCUGUCUGCCGACGUCCCCUGCCUGGCCGACGAUGUCCUGGUUGGCGUCGCUGCUGCCGCAGCCACAGGAGGGGCCGCCCCGGACCUAGAGCCCAUGAUGCCGGCCUACUACUUUGUGAAGUGGAUCACCUGGAAAGAGAAGAAGACCCCCAUCAUCACACAGAGUGAGAACGGGCCCUGUCCCCUGCUGGCCAUCAUGAACACCCUGUUUCUGCGCUGGAAGGCUAAGCUACCCGCCCAGACAGAAGUUAUCACCACAGAGGACCUGAUGGCUCACCUUGGAGAGUGUGUAUUGUCUAUCAAACCCAGGGAGAAGGCUGAGGGAAUGGAGCUCAACUUUCAGCAGAACAUGAGCGAUGCCAUGGCAGUUCUGCCAAAGCUGUCCACGGGCCUUGAUGUCAACGUGCGCUUCACGGGCGUGUCAGACUUUGAGUACACGCCAGAGUGUAUCGCCUUUGACCUGCUGGACAUCCCACUCUACCAUGGCUGGCUGGUGGACCCUCAGAGCCCUGAGAUGGUGGCAGCGGUGGGAAAGCUAAGCUACAACCAGCUGGUAGAGAAGAUCAUCGACUACAAGCAUUCGGCCAACAGCAGCCGUGUCAGUGAAGGUUUGGUGGCAGAGCAGUUUCUGGAGUCCACAGCGACCCAGCUGUCGUAUCAUGGACUUUGUGAACUCAACACUACAGUCAAGGAGGGCGAGCUGUCUGUGUUCUUCAGAAACAACCACUUUAGCACCAUGAUAAAGCACAAGGGCCACCUGUACCUCCUGGUGACAGACCAGGGCUUCCUGCAGGAGGGGGGGCUGGUGUGGGAGAGCCUGCACAAUGUGGAGGGUGACGGCAACUUCUGCGACUCAGACUUCCGCCUGUGCCACCCGCCCCAGAGGAGCGUCCCUGUGACACAGCCCGAAGACCUCACGCCCCAGCAGCAGCAGAGACAGAUCGACCAGGACUACCUGGUGGCCAUGUCUCUGCAGCAGCAGCAGGGGGUGGCCCCGGGGCCCCUCAGUGACCUGGACUUGGCCAGACAGCUGCAGGAGGAGGAGUACCAGCAGCAGCAGCAGCAGCAACAACAAGGAGGUCCCUCCCAGGCCCCAGCACAGCAGGUGAGAGGUCAAGCGGCGGCCCAGCCGGGAGGUUCUAGGAGACGGGAGAAAAAGGAUGAUUCGGACUGUGCCAUAUUAUAGCAACACCUAACCUUACCCUAGUCUCCAUGAUCUCCCUAUGAUUUUAGCCUGCCCUUCUUUGCAUUAAGCCAACCCCUAACAUAUAUAUAUAUAUAUAUAUAUAUAUAUAUAUAUAUAUAUAUACAUACAUACACACACACACACACACACACACACACAGAGUUAGGGGAUUGUGCCCCUGCCAAUCAAUGCCAAACCCACCCCUCACACUUAACCUAACCUCGAGGUUGAACCUCACUCACUACCACCGCACCUUGCACCCGUGGUUUCCUUUGAACAUCCAGGCCAGAAGGUGGCAGUACUAGUCACGCUUUCCAAAACAAUAGAAUAGAAUAUAAAUGUCAACUGAGGCACCAGACAGGAAAUCCCUUGCAGUUGGUGGGUUACAGCAGCUGAGUUGUCCAAGACCCAUUACAACCCAGGUAGAGUCAUGAAACACAUCUGUAACAAAAAGCUAAGGUCUAAAUUAAAGGGCAGUCACUACAGCUCAGACCAGAUGAUGUACUUUAAAAUGGAUACUGCAGCUUUUUAAAUUGUGUAUAGUAGAUGCAAAAAAGUUUGGUUAAAAUUAGAGCACAAAGACACCCCCCCCCCCUCUCUGCUACACUCUUUUGCCAUCCUCACAGCCUUAGAAAGCCCGGUUUUUAAGCGAACUCUGGGGAAGUCGCCAUCUGCAUUUACGCCAUGGUGGAAACUGGAGUACAUUCCUGUCCAAUACAGAACGGUGCACAGUUAUGCCUAGCUCGAGGGCCGAGACGAGGAUUCUGCAAGCCCAAACAAAGAUAUGGCUUUGAGGGCUGCGUUCCCAAAGGUCCUAUCUGCUAGACUAAGCAUUGGCCUUACUUUCCCUGCCCUAUAGUGUACUGUGCUGUAGUUAGUAGCAGGGAGGAAUUAUGCAAAAGGUGAAUGGAUAAGGACAGUGAAGGUGUUCUGCUGGGGCAUCUGUUAUGGACGACUUAAGACCAGUAAGAGAAGUCCCAUUAAAGGUCCAAUGCAGCUGUUUUAAUCUCCAUUUAAAAUUGUUUCUGGGUAACAAUUUAAGUACCUUACUGUGAUUUAUUUUCAGUUAAAAUGGUCAAAAAGAAACAAAUAGCUUCUUAGCAAAGAGCCAUUUCUCAAGCAAGAAUUUUGAUAGGACUGUCUGAGUGGGGAGGGGAAAACUAGCUGUUAUUGACAGUGGUUUGGAAGUUUGAUGUCACCAGGCAAGCCAAAACUUUCUCAUCACAAAAUGACAUUUCAGGCGGUCUUUUCAAAUAGCCCUUACACUAAAACGGCGUUAUAAUCUUUCAGAAUUUCACAAUAUUAUUCCAACCUCAGUGUGGAAAUAUAUAUAACACAGGAAAAGCACGUUGACUGCACUAGAUUUUUAAGCAAACCUGACACUUGAACCAACUAUAAGAAGUCUGCAUUUGAUUUACAGUACUUAGGAACAAAGGCCAGUUCAGGCGGUUACUGCCGUUUUUCAAAGGUCGGAUAUACAAGCCCUUUUGAAGUAGCUUUAGGGUGGAGGGGCUUUUAGUAACGCUACAGUACUAGACCACACCUUGACGCCAAGUCUUAAUCUUCGCCACUUAAUUUGUAUUUAAUUUGUCAUGUCAGUAAAGGAAAAUCUAAAACUGU